AUCUGGAUCCCACAAGACAGUGCGCUGAAUUUUUUUUUCAAGGUUUUUUUAUCUUGUUGUCUGUGGAAGACAAAAGAUCCUGUCCACCUUUGUCCACCUUUAUCAUGAGAGCAAUCAAUAUAAGGGUCAGGUCAUCUGGACCACAUAAGAGAGCACGAGGGUUAAGACAGUGGGAACUGCAGUGUGACUGCCAUGCGUCUGUUGUCAUUAACCCAGAACCCGAUAUUUUGAUUGGACUAGAAUUGAAUCUUCUACCCAUUUUCUGGAUCAUCUAUUGAGUUACUUGGUUUCAGAGACACUAGUAAUGUUGGACAUGUCAUCAGUGUUGUUUCCUGGAGUCACUGAGAGUUUCCAUUAUUUUCUGCUAUCUCAAGUCAAAGAUGAAAUGAACCAUUUACCUCAUUGUGAGCUGUCUCCUAACACAUUCCUCUGUUUCAGAUCUUCAGCACUGCUUCAACUUUAACAUGAAGAAGUUUAAGAUCUUCUCUGGCUCUAAAGAUGCUCAGUUUGGAUACACAGUUCAGCAGCACCAGGCAGGAGGACGUGCAUGGUUGCUGGUUGGAGCUCCUUUUGAAUCCACUGCGGGGCAGCAAACUGGUGAUAUUUAUAAAUGUCCGCUUGACCACCGAAAUUCUGCCAACUGCAGCAGACUAAACCUUGGAAAAGUCUCUAUAGACAACGUGUCUGAGAGAAAAGAGCAGAUGAGACUGGGACUGACACUGAUCUCCAACCCAAAAGACAACAGCUUUGUGACCUGUGGUCCUCUAUGGUCUCAUGAAUGUGGAAGUUCUCUCUACAGCACCGGAUUCUGUGCCAGAGCCAACCGCAAUUUCAAAGUCACGCACGCCUUCGCACCUGCUCUCCAAAGUAUCCAUCCAUCCACCCAUCCAUCCAACCCAUUCAUCCUCAUUUGUUUGGUUAUAACUUUUUUGUCAUUUUUUGUAGGAUGUGAAACGUUCAUGGACAUUGUCAUUGUUUUGGAUGGUUCAAACUCCAUCUACCCGUGGUACGAAGUCCAGGAUUUUAUCACAAAAGUCUUGCACAAGUUUUACAUCGGCCCAGAUCAAACACAGGUUGGGGUUGUUCAGUAUGGCUCCACAGUGGUCCAUGAGUUCAGUUUGGGUGAAUACCAGACAGUAGACACUGUGGUGGAGGCUGUCAGGAACAUUGAUCAGCGUGGAGGAUAUGAGACAAGGACUGCGCUAGCUAUCAACGUGGCUCGGUCAGAAGCAUUUCAGCGAGGCGGCAGGUCUGGAGCUCAGAAGGUGAUGAUUGUGAUUACAGACGGUGAAUCCCACGACAGCAUAGAACUUGUUGAUGCCGUCAAUAACAGCAAAAACGAUAACAUCACCAUGUAUGCCAUCGCUGUGCUUGGCUACUACAACCGCAGAGGAAUCGACCCUAAAGCCUUUCUGGAGGAAAUCAAGUUCAUUGCCAGUGAUCCUGAUGAGAAGCACCUCUUUAAGGUCACUGAGGAGUCCGCACUGAAGGACAUUGUGGAUGCCCUGGGAGAGAGGAUCUUCUCUCUAGAAGGGACCAGCAGUAAAGGUCAAGGGUUUGGCCUGCAGAUGGCUCAAGCUGGUUUCUCCUCACAUUUAGUCAAAGACGGUGUUUUGCUUGGUGCUGUGGGCGCCUACGACUGGAAUGGUGCCGUGCUGAAGGAAACCAAAUUCGGCAAAGUUAUUCCACCAAAAUCCUUCUACCAAGAAGAGUUUCCAGAAGCCCUGAAAAACCAUGCAGCCUACCUUGGUUACUCUGUGAGUUCUUUGGUUUCUUCCCGUGGGUCUCAGUUCUAUGUAGCUGGAGCUCCAAGGUUCAACCACACGGGCAAGGUGAUCAUCUUCACCCUGAAGAACAGUGGAAACCUGACCAUAUUACGAGCUCUGCUGGGGGAGCAGAUUGGGUCAUACUUCGGCAGUGAGCUGUUAUCCAUGGACAUAGACAACAAUGGAUACACCGACUACCUGCUGAUAGCAGCACCAAUGUUUUACAGAGACGGCUGGGAGAGAGGCAGGGUCUACGUUUACUCUCUCGGCCCUCAAACAUCCUUCAUUCUCCAGGAAGUUCUGGAGGUUUCUGACCGUUCUCAAAAUUCUCGUCUGGGUUCAGCCUUGGCUCAGAUCACUGAUAUGAAUGGAGAUGGCUGCAGUGAAGUUGUUGUUGGAGCUCCACUUGAGGAUGACCAUCAGGGUGCAGUCUACCUGUUUUACAGUCGGGACAAAAUCAUCCAGCCAAGCUAUAAACAGCGUCUGUCUGCAGCAGGCUUCUCUGCAGGUCUGCAGUAUUUUGGACAAAGUCUUCAUGGAGUUCUGGACAUUAACUCAGAUGGGCUUGUUGACCUGGCAGUGGGGGCUCUGGGAGCUGCUGUCAUAGUCAUGUCUCGUGGCGUGGUGCGGAUUGAAGCCAGUUUGACCUUCCAGCCUGAGAAGGUCAACAUCUUCAACAAGGACUGCCGGCGAGGAGGGAAGGACGUCACCUGCAUGAACGUGACUGUGUGUCUGAGUCUGGACCGGAGUGUGAAAACUCAAACGAAGAGCGGAACAGCAGUGGGUGUUCUCUACAGUCUGGUGUUUGAUGAGAGGCGACCCUCUCCGCGGGCGGUCAUGGAUGACCCGCAGCAGCUCCUCGCCAUUUUCUUACAGACUGGAGGUCAGGCGUGUGAUCGGCUGAGCUUCACAGUCCAGGAAACUGCAGAUUUUUGGCGUCCCAUCGUGGUCGUCAUGGAAGCCAGGUUACAGAAUCCGGAUGAAGGACCAAUGUUGGACCCAGACUGGCCGAGCAGCUGGAGAUCUGAGCUUCAUUUCUGGAACGGUUGCGAGCAGGAGGAAAACUGCGCUCCGGACCUCGUCCUUCACAGUCGCACCGACAUGAAAAACGCUCAGCAAUACUGCAGUUGGAGGGAACAGACUGCCUACUCCUUCUGCGAGCAGGACGACCCGUUGUUUGUGGUGGAAUCCGGGCGAAGGAGGAUGGUGGUGUUUGCUCGACUGGAGAACCAAGGAGAGAACGCCUACAGAGCCGCCGUCAACAUCUCCAACUCUGCCAACCUUCUGUUCUCCAGGCUCUUGGUUAAGGGUCAGUCCGACAUCCAGAUUGAGUGCUCCAUCACAAACAUUACAGCCACUUGGAGGAGCUGCAACAUCACUAACCCAUUCAUGAAGUCACUGUCGCAGGUGUCUUUCCAUCUGGAGUUUGAGUUCAGUCCUUCAGUUCUUCUGGAUCACGCACGUGUUGUCAUGGAAGCUUCUAGUGAUGGAGUUGAGAGAAAUCCCAGCGAUAAUAUCAACAGCAUCUCUCUCCCCUUGAAGUUUGAAGCGGAUCUCCUUUUCACCAGAGACCCAUACUCUCCUCAUUUUGGAAUACGAGCUGACUCCUCCUCCUCAUCUUGGGACCAAUCAGACACUCCGGAUUCCACCUUCAACCUCACGUUUUAUAUUCAGAACCUGGGCAUCUUCUCAGUGAUGGACCUACACUUCAGGGCUGACAUCUGGGCUGUCACCAUGGCGAUGAACCAGCUGGUGGACAUGAUAGACUACGCUAUUGAGGAGCAGGCGGACGACUCCAGCUGCUCCAUUCCCCACAGUGAAGAAACAGGUGCUGCCGCUCCUGAAGACCUGUCUCACCUGUCGCAGCUGAACCACAGUAACAGUGUGAGCAUGGUGGUCCUCUGCAGGCUGAGCGUGCCGCCAUCAACACAGGUAAAGGUGACGCUCAUGGGAAGACUUCGGCUCUCCGUGCUUCACGCUAUCAGCUUUAAGUCUUUGGAGCUGCUGAGUGCUGCCUCUCUGCAGCUGGAAGCUUCCAGUCCUAUGUUCCUGCAGGAGGACAGACCUGUCAGACAGAUCCUCCUGCACCUGAGGAAAGAGGAGGAGACCUCUGUUCCCAUCUGGAUCAUUCUUGGAAGCUCGAUAGGCGGCCUGCUGCUGCUCGGCCUUCUGGUUCUGGGCUUGUGGAAGCUGGGUUUCUUCAAGAGACAGAGAAGACAGGAGGAAGAGGAGGAGCCUGCAGCCAGCGGGAAGUCAGCACAGCAGCUAUAGAGAUGGAGACGUCAAUAUUGUUGGGAUGCUCUGAAGCAAAAUGCAAACCUGAACGCAUCAGAAGUCUGUGGAACAGCUCAACUGCAGGACUGGAGUGGAUGCAAACAUCUGCCUGCAGACUCUGCUGACAUUCUAGUCCAGGAUUCUGUUCAUCUGUGGAUUAUGAAAUUACUUCACAAAAGCAGAUUGGAUGAGCACCAGUGAAAUGCAGCUUAUUUAAAGUGACCAUGAAUCUGUGUUUGGAAACAGAAAAGCUCAUUUACAGUUGAAGUGAAUUUUGAUCUUGAUUUUCUGCUCUAAGUUUGUUCAAACAUGAGCUCUGGACUUUCUGCAGUGACUGAAUGUCUGUUAGGAAAAAAGGACUGCUGGCCAAAGUCUGAAAUAAACUCAUGAUUUGUUGUGUUAAAAGGUAAUGUGUGUUUCUGCUGAAAGAUGCAACAUUGAGUCCAUUUACUGAAGCUGAUUCAUAACAGUUACUGCCUAAAGAAUGCUUACUCAGCUGGUUUAUUUUGUAUGAAAGACAAUUCCGUCAACAUUUUCACAACUUAACAUUAUGAACUUUAAAUUUAUAAACAAUUUUUUUUAAUAAAAAGAUUUUUUACUAUG